GAGCUAUAAUGGCGAUAGAUGGGCCACCGACAAUCGAUUCGACACAUGCUGAAUGGGAUCGGCAUUGCCACUAGAGAGCCAGUUUUGUCUGGUGUUACGCAAUGAGGUUCGCAAGGCGUCACUCGGCGAACCUGUGCCGGAGAGACAGCAGCGAGAGUAUAUAAGCAACCAUCUCUCCCGCUCUACCCGGAGCAGGACCUAGCUUGAUCCGUUUCAAAGAUUAGCAAACACGUAACCGCCUGUACCGCCGAUCGUCAUACUCUUUCAGACAUCUCUUUAUACAGUAUUGCACCCCUUCCAACCACAGACACCAUGAAGUUCUCCCACCUUCCUGUCUUUGCCGCUGCCACUUCGGCCACCCCCUUCGGAGCCCCCAUUGAAAGGUCGAGCAACCUCGAGGUGCGCCAGGGAACCAAUCUGGCUGCUGUUGUGCUUGGCUCGGUCAGCAACGUCGCCACCGCUGUUAACGCCAGUCUGGCCACGACACAGCAAACCAUUCAGACCGCUGGCAACAACAUCAAUGUGCAGGUGCAGGCCAUCAUUGAAGCCAACCUCCGAGCCGUUGCUACUGCUCUGGCCAGCGGUGGCCAAGCUAUCAGCAAUGCCAUCGCAGCCGCUGGUGGCAACAUUGCCGCUGCUGUCGCCAACUUCACCGCCAGCCAGAUUAACCAGGUAAUCUUGGCCAUCGGACAGCUCGUCAACCUGCUCACCAAUCUCGGCAUUAGCUUGGAAAUCAUCAUCAACAACCUGGAGGGCGUCGCUCCCGCUGUGCUACAAGCUAUCGAUGACGAACUAGCCCUCAUUCAGAACGCAAUCAAUCCUCUUGUCACCCCUAUUGUCAAUGUGGCCAAUGCGGUUGGCGCGGUCAGCGCCGAUGCCAACGUUAUACUCACUGGCUUCACUGCUCUCGUUCCUGGUCUGGUCACCAUUGUCAAUAACGUCAUCGACAACUCCUGA